CAUGUCAUUUUCGUUAAAAGCAUUAGAAUAUGAGCAAGUCGAGAGAUUAGUAGGACUCCUGAACAAACAGCUCCCUCUACAUGGAUGUGGAAACUUCCCCACCCUGGAGGUUACCCUGGAAGCAAUGGUAAGAGCUGUCAAGUCCUCCCUACAAGAACAAGGUGUAGAAUUAAGAGAUGUCAGGUUAAACGGAUCCGCAGCAAGCUACGUGGUGGCAGACUCAAACAUUGACACUUACAACGAUGUGGAUCUUAUUUUCGGAGUCAAUUUGGAUGAAGCAGAUAGUUUCAAGCGUGUUAAGGAGGCUGUUGGAGAGAGUCUAUUGAAACUUCUUCCUGAGCAGGUGUCCAAAAUGCGACUGAGAUCCAAGAUGAUGGUUGACGCGUAUGUGAACAAAAUGGUAAAGGUGGCCCAAGGGAACGACUGUUGGUCUCUCAUGUCUCUACAUAACGAGGGGGGCUGCAAUGUUGAACUCAAGUUUGUAGAUAAGAUGAGGAGACAGUUUGAGUUCUCCGUGGACAGUUUCCAGAUUUACCUGGACCCCCUCCUCUACUACCAGACCCACUCUACCGUGGACAUGUCCAAAACUUUCUACCCCACAGUGUACGGAGUCAGCUUGUAUGGAGAUUUCGAGGAAGCGGCAGGGCACUUGAAGGAGCACUGGAUAGACACGAUCCAACCAGAGGAGAUCCGAGGAGGAGGACUCCUCAAGUACGCCAGGCUCCUUGCUUCAGGGUACAAACCUCUCUACCCUGCCAAACUGGCCAGGAUGGAACGGUACAUGUGCAGCCGGUUCUUCAUUGACUUCCCUGACAUCGACAAACAAGGUGAAGUGAUAGAGAAGUACCUGGUGGGGCACUGCAGUGCGAGUCGUGGCACAGUGGAGUGUGCACGUGCACGCUACACAUACCUCAUGGUGCUACACCGCGUCAUCGAGCAAAGCACCGUGUGUCUGAUGAGCCACGAGCGACGACAGACCCUGCGGUUCAUCACUCAGGCCGCGUGUGCAUGUCUGAAGCAAGCGAACGCCAACUCCACCAGCCCCUCCAGCAUGAGCAGCUCCUCCUCCUCCUCUGCAUGCAGUUCUCCCGUCAAGAACCUUAACUUCAGGUCCAGGCGGCACUACAACAGCAACAACAGGGACUAUAAGACGUGUUACCAAGGUAACAAAGACUAUAAGAGUCGCAUAUCACCCACGGCCCUCCCCUUCAUCCCCGGCCAGCUCCUGUACAGAUGUCAGAGUUAGCUGACAUGUCAUAAUAUAGACUUUCAGACAAAUUGGGGCGGGCCACGCCGUCUUCUAGCGCAGGGUCUGGGUCACACCGCCCACGUGUCAUACAGCCGGGGUCGCGCCCACGUGCGGUACAGCGCAGCACAUCUAGCGUUCAGGGUUGCCAGCAAAUAAACCUUUAAAGAACAGCAUCUUACAAGGUUUCCUUUCAAGUGGUUUAAGAAUGUUGGUUUAAAAAGGCUCCUAUAAAGAGGACUUUAAAAACCUUAAAUUUUAUUUUUGACGACCCUCAAAAAACAGACGGCCCUAAACAGCCUUUAUACCCUGAAAAUUGCUGGUGACCCCAGUUCCCGCGUAGCUGUGUGGCACGUCAUGUGACCGAAUCGGGAAACUGUGCUAGAAAACGGCUCAAAAGGCACUGGUCUGCCGAUAAAAGAACUUGAAUUUAACAUAAUGGAGUUUUUAAAUCAUUUUAAAAUGUGGUGAAAGCUUCUUUGUUACAUGUGAUUUAAAUUUUAAUUUGCGGACAGAAAAUGUAUAUAAUAUAAAAACAAAAAAUGCUAAAAACUGUUUUAAAUGUCUUUUGAAAUAAAAUCUUGAUUGAUACGGAGUAAUGGUGCAAUUAGGUACUAAUUGAUUAGUAAUUAAUUACUAACGUGGUUCCAAAUUUUCAUUUGUACUGAUCAUCGUACACGGCUAGGCGUAUUUAAUAAUACUAAAAUAGAACUUUCAGCCAUAACUAUUUGGAAACAAAUAUUUGGUAACAAAUAUUUCCAUAUUUGGGCAUGGUUGUAACCAUAUUUGGACACAUGAAAGUGUUGAAGGUUGAACUGGACAGUGUUUUUGUCACAUAUAACUAUUCUGAUGGAAAUGUACGAGAAUACACUUGCCAGGAGUAUACAUGCAUUCUUUAUCACAUGGAGUAGAGUGAGACCUUUACAAGAAGGACUCGAAACUUUAUAAAUAAUACGAGGACCUGAAACCUUACAUUAUACACUGUGCGUCAGUACAAUGAGAAAAUAUCAUGAGAUAUAGUCAAUAAUAUAGCAACUCACACAUACCAUGUAUUAGUACAUUUUUCAGAAAAUCAUUUAAAGCACCUUGGAGUGAAAAUUUGAUGUGUUUAAGCUUUCAAAACUUUUUGUACGACUUUUGUAAUUGUUCUUUAGUUUUUAAAAUGUGAAAAGUAGAUUGUAAUCUUAAUUAUUGUAAGAUCAGCGGAAAACUUGAAAAACAUUAAAAAAUGGAUAAUCGAAGAAAUUAAGCAGAAAGUUAAUGAUUUUUCAGGAUAUUGGUUUCGUUCGAUGAUUUAAAUUUGCUUGAUUUGAAAAUUGUAAAUUGUGUAAAAAGUUUAUACUGAUAAGAUAUGAAUAAAGUGAUAAGGUUAUAUGUGCAUUGUGCAUUGUGCAUUGUGCGUGUCAUCUAAC